UUGUUUUUACUUACUAUAGUCUAUAAAUAAAACCUGUUAUAUUUUAAUAUACACGUAUAUACCACAAUGAUGUCGGUUAAAUGCGUUUAUUUUUUAUUAAUUUUUACAAUAAGACAAGCGUUCUGUGAGACCUCGAAAGUACGAUGGUACGAAAGCCUCAUUCAAGAAGGCAUAGAAAAGGCCAAGAAUUACCAAUUACCAAGCGAUGCGAAAAUGUACGAGCCACGAGAAAACCAAAAAAUAAACGAAUAUGGAUCUUAUGACUACGUGAUCAUCGGAAGCGGUACCAGCGGAAGCAUCAUCGCCAGCAGACUAUCAGAGAUCGAAAAUUGGAGUGUAUUGGUACUAGAAGCGGGAAACUUUUCCGACAACGGCUUCGUUCAGUUUCCGAGGUACUUUCCCAUGCACAGCUCCUCGCAGUACAGUUGGGGUUACGAAUCGGUACCUCAGAGUACCGCUUGCUUAGGUACUGUUAAUAAGGUAUGCAAGAUCCAUCAAGGGAAAGGCGUGGGCGGUACCAGUUUAAUAAACGGGGUGCUUUACGUACGAGGACAUCCCGAUAACUACGACAAUUGGGCUAAGAUUGCUGAAGACCCGUCGUGGUCGUACCGCAAUAUAUUAAAAUACUUUAAAAAAACCGAAAAAUUCCUCUGGACGAACAAGAAAGUACCAGUCGAUUUACAAUAUCACGGUAACGAAGGUUUAUUGCACGUUCAGCAUAAAGUACCUAAUUUUUUUCUCACCGACGUUUUUAUCAACGCUAAUAAAGAAUUGGGCAUCGGCGUUACAGAUUACAACAGUCCCAAACAGCUCGGUAGUUCCGUAUUGCAGCUCUACACCAAAAAUGGCGCUAGAGAAGAUAUAGGGAGCGUUUUUGUAACACCAUUUCUUAACAGGAAGAACUUAAAAGUAUCAACAGAAAGCUACGUCACCAAAAUUGGAAUUAACCGGUUAACCAAAACGGCAAACACGGUGAUAUUUUCGAAAAAAGGCAACACUUUCAAAGCAACAGCUAAGAAAGAAAUCAUACUCGCAGCAGGCGCUGUAUCAACACCACAAAUACUCAUGCUAUCCGGAAUAGGACCCAAAAAUAGCUUGGAAAACCUGGGAAUACCUCCAAUACAAGACCUAAAAGUAGGAGGUAAACUAAUGGAUCAUCCGACCAGCAAAGCAUUAAUAUUUUCAACAAACGUUUCGCUACCUUCCGAAACUCUUCAGGAACAAAUCCGAGAUUAUUUACAGGGAAUAGGUACUCUAACAGCGCCCACUCUAUCGCAAGCAUUGGGAUUUUACAGCUUAAAUAACACCAACAACGUAGCGCCGAACGUAGAAAUCAUUUCGGAUCUGACCCAACCCACGGAAAUCGAUAAAAAAUUCAGCGGUUGGAGCGAUGACACGUACAAAGCCUACUGGGGAAAGAACGAAAACUCCAUAGGCUUCGCCAUCAUCAACGUAGCGCCGAAAUCCUUCGGUACCAUCAAACUAAAAUCCCGCGAUCCCUACGAACAUCCUCUAAUAGACUCCAAAUUGCUAUCCGACGAGAACAACGAAGAUAUCGACGUUAUGUACGAAGCAAUCAAGCUGGUUUUCAAACUAACCCAAACCCAGGCGUACAAACGGCUGAAUUUGCGGUAUUUGGGCGAACCGUUGACGCGUUGUAGGCACUUGAAAUUCAAGACGAAAGAGUACUGGCGAUGCUUCUUGAGGCAGACCACGCUUACUGGGUACCAUCCGGUGGGGACGUGCCCGAUGGGCGUCGAUGCCGAGAAAGGGGCAGUCGUGGGAUCCGAUUUGAAGGUGAUUGGGAUCGAGAAAUUGCGAAUAGCCGACGCCAGCGUGUUUCCCACGCCGGUGGCCGGUCAUCCGAGCGUAGCUUGUUUGAUGGUGGGCGAGAAAGUGGCCGAUGAGAUAAAAAACGAGCACUUGGAGGUUUGCCCGAGGUACUGAAGAGUCGAGCAAUUAGGUGUAAAUGGAUCGUUCUAAAGGACUGGCAGAUUAUUCGAAUUGCAAAGUUCAUUUACCAUGUAAUUUAUCCAAAUGCGUAAUUAGAGAAUAAAUGUUCG